GCGCCUGUCCUUGGUCCAGAAGAUUCCCAGCGAGUGGUGAGUGCGGUGACGCUGCCCCGUGAUCCUUCCCUCCCUCAGGAUGCCGCUCACCUCCCUGCAAGGCCAGAUGAGCAUGUUGACUACUGAGGACCAGUACAUUCAGGCAGUAGAGCAAAUUACAUCAGAAAUAAAGGAGAAACCAGACAGAUCAGACAAGGGAGAGUUGUUCCUACUAAGGGCUCAAAAUUUGCUGAAGCUUGAGAAAUUUAAAGAAGCAUACAGUGAUGCCAGCCGUGCAAUAGAGCUUGAUGCCAGGGCCGAAGCUCACCUGGUGCAGGGCAAAGCACUCUUCAGUCUUGGCCGCUUUGUUGAGUCCCUAGACGCAUUCAAGAAGGGGAAAGCCAGAGGAGGUAUAGGCAAGCUUGAUCAGUUUGGGCAGUGGAUAACCUGGUGUGAGGAACGAAUCAAGAAAUUAGGAAUAAGUGACUCAAAGGACACUUCUAGUGAAACCAACAUGGAGGAGAAAAACGAAAAUAGUGCUCCUGCUGCUGGUGAUUCUACUUCUACACCUACAACUGCCGACAGUCAUGAUGCCAUGCCAGUGCCUAAGAUCAAGCAUGACUGGUACCAAACUGAAGCAUUUGUCAUUGUCACAGUACUUGUUAAAAAUCUGAAGAAAGAAGAUGUCAAGGUAGACUUCACAGAGAAGACUGCGAGUGUGUCUGCUCCAUUGCCAUCAGGCUCAGAAUACAGCUUAGAACUGGACCUGUGUCACCCAAUCAACCCAGAGCAAUCAGGGUUCAGAGUUGUACCAUCAAAAGUAGAGAUCAAAAUGAAAAAGGUGGAUGGCAUCAGGUGGGCCACACUUGAAGGGGAUGGUGAGCCACCAUUUGUCAAGGCAAAUCUUCCUGAAACAGAAUCAGAUAAAGUGGUAGCCUACCCAUCAUCAGCUCCCAAGAAGCAUGACUGGGAUAAGCUGGAAGCUCAAGUCAAGAAGGAGGAGGAGGAGGAGAAGCUGGAGGGUGAUGCAGCCCUCAAUCAGCUCUUCCAGAAGAUCUAUGGCCAAGGUUCAGAGGAGACCCGGCGAGCCAUGAACAAGUCCUUUAUGGAGUCUGGUGGCACUGUCCUGAGCACAAACUGGAAGGAGGUUGCAGGUCAGAAGGUAGAUGUCAAGCCACCAGAUGGCAUGGAGUGGAAGAAGUGGAACCAGUAACUAGUAAGGAUGAUCCAGUAGAUAGUUUGUUUCCCCCAAUGUCAUUAAACUUCAUACACUUGAGACUAAGCACACAAUUAUCAAUGUUUCAUAAUUUUAGAAAACUAGAAUGCUGCUACUAUUUCUCUUGUUUUUAGCAUGCAUCUAAAGUAUACAUUUUCUAACAUACUUUGUGUAAAAUGUCAUGCCAUACCUAAAAUGUUCUCAUUUAUUACAGUCAGAAAAGAAUAAAUAUCAUUCAUAGA